AUGGACGCAUCCAAGCCAAUGAAGUCCAACAGUCUGGGCGAAGCCAAAUACAUCAACUUCCCCAGUCUGCCCGCAGACGCCAAACACUCCGAUGGCUCCCCCGCGCUCAACCGGUACUCCUCGACUAUUACCCGGGGCCAUGAUUUCCCCGGUGCACGGGCUAUGCUUUUUGCGGCCGGUGUCCCCGACAAAGAUGCAAUGGCCAAGAGUCCUCAUGUAGGCAUUGCCUCGGUCUGGUGGGAGGGCAACCCGUGCAACAUGCACUUGAUGGAUCUGGGGAAAACUGUCAAGAAGGCGAUUGGGGACCAGGGCAUGAUCGGGUGGCAGUACAACACCAUUGGCGUGUCGGAUGCAAUCACCAUGGGCAGCGAGGGAAUGAGAUUCUCUCUCCAAACCCGAGAAGUCAUUGCCGACAGUGUCGAGACGGUGACUUGCGCCCAAUACCAUGACGCUUGUAUUGCCAUCCCCGGCUGCGACAAGAACAUGCCUGGUGUCGUGAUGGGCAUGGCUCGUCACAACCGUCCCUCCAUCAUGAUCUACGGAGGCACCAUCCAGAUUGGCUACUCGGAGUUCCUGCGGAAGCCCAUCAACGUCUCGACAUGCUUCGAGGCCGCAGGUGCUUACACCUACGAUACUCUACGCCAGCCUGACGACGGCGGCGACACCAGCAAAACCAAGGACGAAAUUAUGGACGACUUGGAGCGGCAUGCCUGUCCUGGCGCAGGCGCUUGCGGUGGGAUGUUCACGGCGAACACGAUGGCAACGGCUAUUGAGUCCAUGGGUCUGUCAUUGCCGGGCUCGUCCUCAACACCUGCGGCAUCGCCAUCAAAGAUGCGUGAGUGCGUCCGUGUUGCCGAUGCCAUUAAAGUCUGCAUGGAGAAGAACAUCCAGCCUCGCGACCUGCUCACCAAGCGGUCGUUCGAGAACGCACUGGUGAUGACUAUGGCGCUGGGUGGUAGUACCAACGGCGUGCUCCAUUUCUUGGCCAUGGCCAAAACCGCCGGGGUGGAUUUGACCCUGGACGACUUCCAGCGUGUCAGCAACAAGAUCCCCUUCAUUGCCAACCUGGCCCCCAGCGGCAAAUACUACAUGGCGGAUCUGUACGAGAUUGGCGGCAUUCCGUCAGUGCAAAAGCUGCUGAUCACCGCCGGCCUGCUUGACGGGGAUAUCCCGACGGUAACGGGCAAGACUCUCGCCGAGAACGUAGCUUCGUUCCCCUCUCUGCCUGAGGACCAGGCUCUGAUCCGCCCGCUGGACAACCCGAUCAAAUCCAGCGGCCAUCUCCAAAUCCUGCGCGGCAACCUCGCCCCCGGCGGCGCCGUCGCCAAGAUCACCGGCAAGGAGGGGCUCAGCUUCACGGGCAAGGCCCGGGUGUUCGACAAGGAGCAUCAGCUCAACGACGCCCUGAACGAGGGCCGCAUCCCGCGCGGCGAAAACCUGGUCAUUAUCGUGCGCUACGAAGGGCCCAAGGGUGGUCCGGGGAUGCCGGAGCAGCUCAAGGCUAGUGCGGCGCUGAUGGGCGCCAAAUUAACCAAUGUUGCUCUCAUCACCGACGGCCGUUAUUCCGGCGCAAGCCAUGGGUUUAUUGUCGGCCACAUCGUGCCCGAGGCUGCUGUGGGAGGCCCUAUUGCCAUCGUCCGCGACGGGGACAUGAUCACCAUUAGCGCUGAGACGAACGAGCUCUCGAUGGAUGUCUCCGAGGAAGAGAUCCAGGAGCGUCUGCGUCAGUGGACGCCGCCGCCGCCGCAAAUUACGCGCGGCGUGCUGGCGAAAUAUGCGCGUUUGGUGGGCGAUGCGUCGCAUGGUGCUAUGACUGAUCUUUUCUGA